CUGAUCCAGCUCGCAGUGUUACAAAUCUACAUGAGCCCUUUCACAAAGGUAGAGGAAUCUUUCAAUGUCCAGGCCAUGCACGAUAUGAUCUUCGAGCGGCAAAACUUGGAUCGCUACGACCACUUUCAGUUCCCUGGAGUGGUGCCCAGAACUUUCAUAGGCGCUUUCAUCAACGCGAUCUUGGCGUCGCCGAUCUGCCUCUUGUUCGAGUCUAUCUACGCGCCGCGAGUCAUCAGCCUGUUUGUCUGCCGCAUGGUCCUGGCAGCGCUGUCUGUGUACAGUCUGGCGACUUUUCGCUUUCAAGUAGAGAAGAAGUUCGGGAAGAUCGUUUCAGCUUGCUUUGCCGUUGUUUGCUCGAUCCAGUUCCAUCUCUUGUUCUACUGCAGCCGACCUCUGCCCAACACGUAUGCCUCCAUCUUUGUCAACCUUGCUUUUGCGUCCUGGCUCAAGGAGCAAUACGAGGUUCUCUUCUCAAUUCUCGCGUUCGCUGCCAUCGUCUUCCGAUCAGAGUUGGUUGUGCUGGCUGCUCCAAUCUUCGUCUCGCUCGUAGUGUUGAGGUCAUACUUACCUCUAUCCUCUCCUUCUCUCACUCGAGCUCUCCUGCAGGAAAUUUUCAAGUCUCUCUGCCGUCAUCAAGUUCUCCAGUUCGAUUCUCUCUUAUGGAGGAGGUGGCUAUGGCCUGAAGGCGAAGUUUUCUACUUUAACACGAUCCUCAACAAGAGCUCGCAGUGGGGGGUCAUGCCCUGGCAUUGGUACUUCUCUAGUGCUCUCCCACGAUCCAUGAUGGGAACUCUCUUUCUGCUUCCUGGAGGAUUGAUAUACACAGAGAGGAUGCGGCCAUUCUUCUUUCCUGUUCUUGCUUUCAUCUGCCUGUAUUCCUUCCUACCCCACAAGGAGCUUCGCUUCAUCAUCUACGCCCUGCCCAUCUUCAACUGCGUCGUUGCUAUGGAGCUUGCUCGUCUCUACCUCAAUAGGAACAAAGAGAGCAUGAUGGACAAGCUGCGAUCUCCCAAGUUUUUCUUCCGAGCUGCUGUCACUAUGAUCGUGCUCAACGUCAGCGCCACUUUUGGCUUCACCCGGGUGGCUUCCAAGAAUUACCCAGGAGGAGAUGCGCUCAUCCUCCUUCACGAGAUGGAGAGACAGAACGUCACUUCCGGGCUACGUCCUUUCGUGCACAUCGAUGUUCCUGCAGCACAGCAGGGGAUUUCUCGCUUCCUGGAGAUGUCUUCGCCCUGGAGGAAAGGAGGAUGA